AUGGGCCCUUCCCCUGGUCGUCCACAUCCUUCACCGUCAGUACACGCAGGAGGAGCAGCAGCAUCAGGAACAGGUGCCGGACGGAGACGAACAUUGACACUCGAAGUCCUGGACGAGAUGCGCCAGCGUGCCAAGGUCAGUAACGAUCCCGCUACACAGCUCGAAUACGCCAAAGCCCUGAUCGAGGCAGCUGUAACGUUCGGCAACGACGAUCCAGAUCCCAAACGCCAGAAAAAGAACAAGGAGGCUUUAUUUCUGGAGGGGCUCAAGAUCAUCAAGCGACUGGCGACGACGGGCAUGGGCAUCGGGAAACCAGCCUUCCCGGAUGCGCAGUUCUUUUUAGCGAAUUGCUAUGGCAACGGAGCACUCGGUCUGCAGAUCGAUCACGACAAGGCCUUUAAUUUAUAUAUGCAAGCCUCGAAACAGAAUCAUCCGGCGGCGACGUAUCGUACGGCAGUGUGUUAUGAACUUGGGGCGGGCACGAAGCGCGACUAUUCCAGAGCCGUGCAGUUCUAUCGGAAAGCGGCUUCAUUCGGAGACACGCCUGGAAUGUACAAGCUGGGCAUGAUUCAGCUCAAGGGACUCUUGGGCAUGAAUGCGAACCCACGCGAGGCGAUCACUUGGCUCAAACGCGCAGCUGCGAACGCGGACGAGGAUAAUCCGCACGCGCUCCACGAACUCGGCUUGUGCUUCGAAAAGGCUGGUAUUCCGACGGUGAUUCCGGACGAGGCCUAUGCGAGAGAGCUGUUCACGCAGGCGGCCGGGUAUGGGUAUGCGCCAAGUCAGUUCAAGCUGGGACAUUGUUAUGAGUACGGUACGUUGUCCUGCCCUGUCGACCCGAGGAGGAGUAUUGCAUGGUACACACGGGCGGCCGAACAGGGCGAUGCGGAGAGCGAGCUGGGUUUGUCAGGAUGGUACUUGACCGGCGCGGAGGGAGUGCUGAAGCAGAGUGAUACUGAGGCCUAUCUGUGGGCACGCAAGGCUGCAGAUAAAGGCCUUGCCCGCGCCGAAUAUGCCGUUGGAUAUUACUCUGAGGUCGGCGUUGGUGUGAAGCAGGAUCUGGAAGAGGCGAGACGAUGGUAUCUACGAUCGGCAGCUCAGGGCAAUAAUCGGGCCAAGAAGCGAUUGGUCGAUAUGAAGAAACUGGGCGCCAUACGGCGGGUCCGUCCUGAUCGUGGACGUCAAGGUGCGCAAGGGCCCGAGGACGAGAACUGUAAAGUCAUGUAG